AUGUCUGCUACCACCGCAGACUCCAGGCCUCGGCCUGCUGCCGACACCAAAAAGGUGCACAUCGCCGAUACCAAGAUGACCCUUCAGAACUGGCACAAGCACGUCAACUGGUUGAACGUGUUUCUGAUCAUCGGUAUCCCUCUGUAUGGGUGCAUUCUCUCUGUUUGGGUUCCUCUGCAGCUCAAGACUGCCGCAUGGGCCGUUCUCUAUUACUUCUACACCGGUUUCGGAAUCACUGCUGGUUACCAUCGUCUAUGGGCUCACUGCUCCUAUUCCGCAACUUUGCCUCUCAAGAUCAUCCUCGCCGCCGCUGGUGGUGGUGCCGUCGAGGGUUCCAUCCGUUGGUGGGCUCGUGGUCACCGCGCCCAUCACCGUUAUACUGAUACCGAGAAGGACCCUUACUCCGUGCGCAAGGGUUUCUGGUACUCUCACUUGGGCUGGAUGGUCAUGAAGCAGAACCCCAAGCGUAUUGGCCGCACUGACAUCACCGAUUUGAACGAGGACCCCAUUGUCGUCUGGCAACACCGCCACUAUUUGAAGGUGGUCUUUGUCAUGGGUCUCCUUGUUCCCAUGCUCGUGGCUGGUCUGGGCUGGGGCGAUUGGGUGGGUGGUUUCGUCUACGCUGGUAUUCUGCGAAUCUUCUUCGUCCAACAGGCUACUUUCUGCGUUAACUCUCUCGCUCACUGGCUCGGAGAUCAACCCUUCGACGACCGAAACUCUCCUCGUGACCAUGUCAUUACCGCCCUUGUCACCCUUGGUGAAGGCUACCACAACUUCCAUCACGAAUUCCCAUCCGACUACCGCAAUGCUAUCGAAUGGCACCAGUACGACCCGACCAAGUGGUUGAUUUGGACCUGCAAGCAGCUCGGCCUCGCCUACGACCUCAAGCAGUUCCGCGCCAACGAGAUUGAAAAGGGACGUCUCCAGCAGUUGCAGAAGAAGCUUGACAAGCGCCGCACUCAGCUCGACUGGGGUGUGCCACUUGAUCAGUUGCCUGUUUUCGAAUGGGACGACUACGUCGAGCAGGCCAAGAACGGCCGUGGUCUGAUUGCCAUUGCCGGCGUUAUCCACGAUGUGACCGACUUCAUCAAGGACCACCCCGGUGGCAAGGCCAUGAUCUCGUCUGGAAUCGGCAAAGAUGCCACUGCCAUGUUCAAUGGAGGCGUGUACUUGCACUCCAACGCGGCCCACAACUUGCUCUCCACCAUGCGUGUCGGCGUCAUCCGCGGCGGAUGCGAGGUUGAGAUCUGGAAGCGCGCUCAGAAGGAGAACACCAACGUCGACUAUGUCCGGGACGCCAAUGGCCAACGUAUUGUUCGUGCCGGAGAGCAGGUGACCAAGAUUCCACUACCUGUCGCGACUGCCGACGCUGCUUAG